UUUUAUUAUAUGAAGGUGGAUGGAUUGGUCUAUUUUGCAUAAAAUAUGGGGCUUUUUGUCCCAAAGUGUAAGAACUUCACAGAAAAAUUUAUAUCAAUCUGACAGUGAUGUUCCUCCAGAGCCAGUGUCGGUAGCUGCAUCAUCAUGCUUUGAUUAAUUACAGCAGUUGUCGUAGAGGAAACUUUUUUCUUAAUCCAAAUCAGGAGAACUUGCAAGGUUAGAGACCUUAGUCUCUCAUGUCUCUUGCAAUAUGUACUUGCACUUAUCUGAGGUGACCCCUCAAUUUUAAUUGAAAAGAUUGUAGGUUGUUUAGUAGACCAGGUUUCUUCUUUCUUCCAAAGAAGUAAAAGCCAUGGAUCAGGGAAUCCAUGUUAUUUUUAACCUUGUUUUAUCUACUAUUGCAACAGUACACAUACUGUUCCGCCCAUGCAGUUUGCAAGGUUUGUCAUUUUAAUCAGUUUUAUGCCAAAAAAAAAGUAGCUCAGUUGAUGUUGUAAGGUAGAGGUCACAUAUAAUUUUUGUUGCUUCUUACAGUCUUCACAUUCCCUGUAUAAUAGGGCUGUGAUUCAUAAUCUUUAUUAGAUUUKCUCUGGCAGCCAAGACACUUGAUGUCUUUUAACUGUGGAAGAGACUCUGUGUACUACAGUUCCAAGUAAGAGGUGCUGCCUUUCAUCUAUCGUGCCAUUGGUUCAAAGCAUCUUCCUGCCAGUAACAUYAGUUUUGUUCAUCUUGAUUCCCAUCCAGACCUUCUUAUUCCUGUGAAUAUGCCUGCAGACACAGUGUUUGACAAAGAAACGCUUUUUAGCGAAUUAAGUAUUGAAAACUGGAUUAUGCCUGCUGUUUAUGCUGGUCAUAUUUCUCAGGUAGUAUGGCUUCACCCGCCCUGGGCUCAGCAAAUCUCAGAAGGGAAACACAAUUUUCUAAUUGGGAAAGAUGUAUCGACAACAACRAUCAGGGUUACGGGCACAGAUCAUUACUUCUUAAGUGAUGGUCUCUAUGUUCCUGCUGAUCAGCUAGAAAACCAGAAGCCUUUAAAUUUGCACGUCAUUCUCAUCAAUCCUACUGAAUCAUCAAACAGCCAUGAAGGAAAUGGUGAAGUAGCAUCUGCUAAAAGACUGAAGCUAAAUACAGAUGACACAGCAAGCACCACUUCUGCCUCUUUAGUGGCUCCUGGUGACCUUGAUCACAUCAUCCCGAGUGUGAACAAAAAGGAAGAACAAAAUACAGGUGCCCAGAAUGGGGCAGAAACGUUGUCAGAGUGCUCAGCUUCAAGCUGUCUCAAAACCAAUGAGUGCCCAAUGAGAGACAUUGUUAGAGAUGUCUGCCAAGUACUGCAGAAAGGGGAUGCAUAUGUUUUGGACAUUGACUUAGAUUUUUUUUCAGUUAAAAAUCCAUUCAAAGAAAUGUACACACAGACRGAGUAUGAGCUUUUACAAGAGUUGUACAAUUUCAAGAAGCCACAUAAAAAUGCAACAGAGGAAGACUUGCUGGAUUGUGUUGAAAACCGUGUUCAUCAGCUGGAAGAUCUGGAAGCAGCUUUUGCAGAUUUAUGUGACAAUGAUGAYGAAGAAACCCUGCAGAAAUGGGCUUCAUAUCCUGGAAUGAAGCCACUUGUUCAACUAGUUCACAGUUUGAAAACCAGGAUGGAAAGCCCAGACUAUGAAAUGGUCCAUCAGGCUGGUCUGACCUGUGAUUAUGUCGAACUUCCUCACCAUGUUAGCACUGAAGAGGAGAUUGAAGGCCUCAUACAGUCCAUUAAAGUUCUUCUGACAGAUCUGCCCAAGCCCACACUUGUGACAGUUGCUCGAUCAAGUUUGGAUGACUAUUGCCCUUCAGAGCAGGUUGACAUCAUUCAAGAGAAUGUUCUCAGUUUACUCCGUUCAGUGUAUGGCUCUCUGGAUGUGCACUUAGAUUACGCAAGUCCUUCAUCUUCUUCGUGACCUUUCUUCAUGUGUUGCUGUCUAAUGCAGUGGAUUAAUUUAAAUUGCAUGUUAGCUGUGGUUGCAAGGGAAGACUACUGUUAUUUCAGCAGGUGGCACUAGAACCCARGCUGACCCAGAGCUAGGUUUGAGUUGCACGGUUUUCUCCAAGUCRGCUGCAUCUGAACUGGCAGUUAUCUGUUUGACUUUGUUCAAAUUAGUUCUGUAAUCAUGAUUUUUACUGUCUUGUUUGUUAAAAUUGGUGCAAGAGAAACGACUUUUUGGAGAGGGUUUGGGAAUGGGUUGUCCCAUUUCUUUGUGUCUGUAAAAAAUAAAAUACAUAAUUUCUUAAAAUGGAUUUCUAUUGU